AUGCGCUUCAUUACAACCCUUGCCGUCGCCGCGGCCUCAUUUGGCCUCGCGUCUGCUGCUCCUGCUUCCGAGGAUGUAAAGGUCGAUCCCCUUCUGCGGCUCAUCAAGACUUCCGAGGAAGACCCCGGUACAUGGGUCACCGAGGACGAGAAGUUCGAGAAGUACACCUCCAAGGGUAUUGGCUUCAUUGAUAUUACCGACAUUACCGACGAGGGAGUCUUGUCUGUCCUGUCGUCUCCGUCCAAUGAUGUUCAAGUUUCCAAGGUUGCCGCCCGCCAGGCUGUCACUUACCCGACGACUUUGACCCACGUCACCGAGGCCAACUCCCUCAUCACACGGGUGACCAACACUGGCCCGCAGUCAUGGUUGAAGACCUUGACCGAUUUCCACAACCGCCACUAUCGGUCCACAUACGGCACCCAGGCCUCCACCUGGUUAUACAAUCAGGCCGUCAGCAUUGCUUCUGGCAAUUCGGCUAUCACGGUGACUCGAUUCACCCACUCGGCCUUCAACCAGCCUUCCAUCAUUGUCAAGUACCCCGGUACUAGCACUAACCUUGUCAUUGUCGGUGCUCACUUCGACUCCACCGCCGGAUCUAGCACUGCCCGUUCCCCCGGCGCUGACGACAACGGCACCGGUACCGUUAACCUGCUUGAAGCUCUUCGCGUUCUUGUUGCCGCUGGUUUCAAGCCCAAGAACACUCUCGAGUUCCACUUUUACGCCGGCGAGGAGGGCGGUCUUCUCGGCUCCCAAGCCGUCUUUUCCAACUACCGCACUACUGGCAAGCGCGUCCUGGGUAUGCUGAACCAGGACAUGACCGGAUACUCCCCUGGCGGCCGCGCCACUGUGUACACUGACUACGUCGACUCCGCUUUCACCGCGUACGUCCGCCUUAUCGCUACUCAGUACACCGGUGCUACUCCCUCCAGCUCGUCGUGCGGCUAUGGUUGCUCCGACCAUGCCAGCGCCAGGUCCAAUGGUUUCCCCUCUGCCUUUGUCAACGAAGAGCCUUUUAGCACCUCAAACCCCAACAUUCACACCUCCAGAGACACUUAUGAAAGCAUUCAGUGGAACGCUGUCCUGCGCCACUCUAAGCUCACAGUUGGCUUCUUGGUUGAGGCUUCCUACUUGUAA